AUGGUGCUCUAUUCAUUCUACAUCUUCGACCGCCAUACCGAGUGUAUCUACAGCCGUCGAUGGACACCGCGGCCCGCCUCCUCCAGCAGUAAGGCCGCGCGCCCGCAAUCCGGGUCCAGCGUAACCAGCACUGGCGACGCCGCCGUCCGCAAAGCCAAUUCCCACUCCGACGACGAGAAGCUCAUCUUCGGUCUCGUCUUCUCCCUCCGGAACAUGGUCCGGAAGCUCGGAGGCGAUGACGCUACCUUUCUGUCCUACCGCACGGGCGAAUACAAGCUCCACUACUACGAGACGGCGACGCGCAUGAAAUUCGUCAUGCUCACCGACACGAAGCAGAAUAAUAUGAGGCCGUAUCUGCAUCAAAUAUGGGCCAACCUGUGGGUGGAGUUUGUCGUGAAAAACCCCCUGGCACCGGUGGAGCACCCGGGAGGUAUUGGCGUUGCGAACGACAUGUUUGAGAAAGGGCUGGAGGCUUUCAUUACCGCUGUCCUACCUGCUUGA